AUGGAAAACAAGUUUGGAUUAGGGUCUUUACCUCUAGAAUCUAAAAAUCCCAUGAGUUCUACGGCGUUUAUAAACAAAGCGAAACCUUUUUUCGUGGAUCAAAUCGGAGACACCUUGCAAGGGGAUAUCGAUAGGAACAAUUUCAAAAUAACUAAUUUAAAGUUUCCAGGAAACGAUAACGAUGCCGUGAACAAGAAAUAUUUACUGGAUCAAAUAAACGCAAUUCAAAUAGAUAAGGACCAUGUUGAAAAUAGAAUAAAUGACGUGAAAAGAUUCAUCAGACGAAAUAUUAAAAAUCUUGUGGACGAACCCAAACUACAACAAGAGUUAACGAGUUUGAAACGUCUUAUUCAAGUGGAUAAAACAAGUCAGUUGCAAAAUUUAAUAUCUAAAUUAGACGAUAAGAUUACGAAGGUAAAAAUAGACGUCCAACGUUUAAUAGACAACCCAAAUGUAAACGAGGAUAGAUUGACACGAAAACUAACCGCUUUGGAAAGAAAACUUGGCGAAUUGCUAGCAGAACUAGACAAGACCGCGGACAAAACCGAGUUACAAAAUUUGAACGAAAAGAUCGCGAAGCAAAAAUCAGAUGUUCAAGAUAUAAUUAACACACUUCCCAUUGACAAAGAUACGUUGAAACAACAAUUGACUGCUUUGGAUACUAAAAUUCUAGAAUUAGUAAAAGAAGUGGGAAAAAUAAUUUUAAUGAAAGACAAUUUCCCAGAAAUAAAAAGGUCGACAGUUGGCAGAGGAGGAACUGAUCUGCUUAAAAAGAUCAAUGAAUACGAAGGCGAAAAUUGUUACAUACCUACAGAUGGUCACUGUUUUAUCAAAUGCGUAAAUCGUGUUUUGAACAAAGAUUUAACGUGUAAAUUUCAAGAAUACAUCAACGGGUUUUCAAAAGCAAAUAAAAAAGGAGUGAUGACUUGUGCUAGAAUGAAGGAAUUCAACAAGAAAUUCAACACUUCGUUUCAAAUUUAUAAUCCCAGAAAACAGACAUUUUCACCCCAGAGACGUUCACGAUGA